ACUCCAAGAGGUUACCUUAGACCUAUUAACAGAACUGCAACCCUACUUAGAAGACCUCGCUGAGGUUGGAGGGCUGAAGGGCUGUGAUGUCACAAGGGGCGUCUCGGCCGGGGCCAGGUCCCUUGACUGUGAUUGGUUGAUUCGGAGAAGGGCGAUGAUGGAGAAGGGCGGUACAGAGACAAAGAAAGUCUUUGGGUGUGACAAUUAGAGAAGGGCGUGCGAAGGGGCUCCAAGACUGUAGUCUCUAUAUAGUCUUGUUUUCACCUGCUCCAGCGCCAGGAAGCAGAGGCUGAGGAGAGCCAGUCUGACCCUGAGCCCCAGCGCCCCCCGCCCACUGCGGUGGGGGCAGGGCCAAGGGGCGGGACUAUGUGGAGCUGGGAGGCUGGGCCGAGUAAUUGAAGUGGCUACCAAGUUGAGCCAUGGAGAAGCCCGAGUCUCUUGCGUCGGUUAGCGGCCUCAGUGCGGAAUCCCCUCGGGGGGUUCCUAGGGCAGUACCUGGAGGUGUCCGAGGUAAACAAACAGACACCGGACUGCCCUCCGGAGUAGCCUUGUUUCCUGGUUCUGGCCCCCUCUUGCAUUCCGGGGGCACUGUAAUUUGUAGUCCUGGCCCAGUCCGGCCCUCUGAAGGGGUAGUGACCCUCAGUUCCGGACCCAGUCUGCAUCUCGGGGAGGUUGCAGGUUGUAGCCUUGGGUCCAGCAAAUCCCCUGGCACUGGAACCGGUGCAUCUAGGGUGUCCAUCCCUGGGCCGGGGGAGCCUAAAGUGUACAGCUCGGAGAAUAGUCCACGUUCCGGGUCAGCUCUCUUGAACUCUCAAAACUGUGAGGAGCGUCCCCGGAGCAUCCUAAAAAAUGGCAGUUCCUUCAUGAUGAAGAAAACCUCCAGUACGGAGAAGAAAUCUCAGCGCUGGGAUGAGAUGAACAUCUUGGCUACCUACCACCCUGCUGACAAAGACUAUGGCUUUAUGAAGGUGGAUGAACCCAGCACCCCCUACCACAGGCUGCAGGACAAUGACGAGGACCUCUCUGCCGGGUCUUCUCUGAAGGUGACCCCUGAAGCACUGGCAGAGAGGUUUGCCACAAUGGACAAUUUCCUCCCCAAGGUCCUCCAGUAUGGAGACAACAAAAGCUCCAGUACUGCAGAUAGCUUUGCCAAGACUUACUCCAGUGAUUUUGACAAACACCGAAAGAUACACUACAGUGAAGGCAAAUUCCUGAAAGCCCCGAGAAAUCUGCCCUCGGCCAAUGAGGAUGAGAGCAGUGGGGCUAGUGCCAGCAUCAGCAACAGUAAUCAAAGUGUGAUGAUGGACCUGAAGCCCAGGCCUGUGGACAAAGGCUGGGCAGGAAGACUGCCCACAGGAGUCAAAAACGAGACUGUCCUGGUGACUGACAGACAUGUCCUAGGCACCAGAGAUUCUGCCACUUACAGAAACCAGUUCCCCUCAGCUUCAGACUCUACGGUGAGGGAGCAGACUGAUCUACAGCGCAAGGAGUAUUACAGUAAAGGAAGAUACCUGAGGUCCUGUUCCCACCCAGAGCUUGGAGAGGAUCUAGAAGAUGAAGAACAGGACAGUUCUUCAGGCCUGAUCUGGGUUACUGAGAAUCCCAAAGGCACUUCAGGUCCUAUUGGAAGCCCCAUAGGGUAUGAUAAAAAUCAUUUAGGGCUCUCUGGACGUAUCCAUGACCCUAUUGCAACCCGAGAAGGGUACCAUCUCCUUUAGCCUGGCUUUUAGCAAGCUCCCACCUCCCAGCCUCCCAAUCCUAGCAGGCCAGUGCAUCAGCAUUAGGCAUUAAAAGAGGCCCUAACCAUCCCAGAGUCUAAUGUCUAUGUCACAGAGAACAGAUACCAGGGAUGCUCAGGGGGAUUGAGAAUCCCCCCAGUCUAGCAUAAGCCAGUGACGCCAUGCCUCCUCCUUGACUCCUCUCUGCUACCCCACCCCUCUCUAGUUAGUACCAUAUCCUCCAGAGGCAAUGGGUCUCAGGUGGCAUCCAACUAUUGGGCUAAGGGGCUGACACGCCGAAGCACAGGGAACUCAGAAAAGGAACAUGGAAGUAACCAGAACCCUCCAAGCUGGAAUGGGCGCAGACAUGAGCGUGGACAGAGGCAAGGGGGUAUUUGCACUGAACAGAGAGGCAUUGGGAUUAAGUGGGUAGGUUCUAGAGAUUUGAGGUUCACAUGAACAAGAGCUUACCCCAGCUGCAAGAAAGCCCAACCUCCUCUUUCUCUAGAUGAAAGCUUGUGGCUCCAGUGGACUCAGGAUAAAGAGCCUAGACCAUGGAAAAUGUAGCCGGCUGAGGAUGGGGUGAGGACAGCCUUCCCCAGCCCUUCCCACUCUAACAGUGGACAAUAAAGACAUCAGGAACCUGA